CCUCUUUGCCAGCUACCUGCGGAGCCCGUGCCUGGGCAUGCAGAGCCUGGUGCUCAGGGCGAUCCUGGGGCUCACCGAGAGGCCGGCCACGGCGAGGCAAACGCUCGUCCUGCUGCCGAGCAUCACGGAGCAGCUGCAGGCUGCAGACAGCGACACCCGCGCUGUCGCUCUGCCCGUGCUCAGCACCAUGCUGCGGCUCCUGGAGGGGAGGACGCUCAGCCUCGCGGCUCUGGAGCUGGCCGGCAAGCUCCCAGCCCUCUUUGGCGACGACUCAAGUACGGUGCGGCUUCUCUCUAUUCGCCUCUUCCUCGACACGCUGGGCUUUGUGGAGGGCAGCCAAGAGAAGCUGCAGCAGGUGGCACACAGGAGCCUGCUCCCGCUGUCCCUCCACCUGCACGACCAGGACGAGAGCGUGGCCGAGGCCUCCCGGGAAGCCCUCCUUGGUGUUGCGCGCUUCCUGCGCUGGAGGCAGCUGGCGCACCUGGCCGAGACGCUGCAGAGCUGGAAGAUCGGCGAGUGCCUGCUGGCCAGGAGGAGCAGCGCAGCAGAGGAGUACCUGGCCCAGAGCCUGCCCUACCUGCAGAGCCUGCAGGAGCCCCUGCGGCGGGAGGCUGUGAGGUUCACUGGGCUCGUGGGGAGGCACCUGCUGGAUCAGCACCAGAGCAAGAGCCAGGACAUCUGCCAAGUCCUGCGAGGCUUGGCAAACGACCCCUGCGAGUCGGUCUCGUCGCUGGCGAUUCAGACGGUGCUGAUCCUGCAAGCACCAAGGCCACGCUCGCGCUUCAGCUUUCGGCAGCUGUGCUCCAGGCUGCAGAAGGCGUGGAGGAGGCGACGCUCUUCCCCGGCAGGCAGCUGAGCGUGCUGGAAAGCUCCCGGCAUCUCCUCCUGCCUGCGGCGCAGCCCCGCUCCCCGGGCAC